UAUUCCCCUCUUAACGAGACUAACGGUGUUGCUGUUUUGCAGGAUUCUGGCCAUUCCACGAGCAGAGAGAGAGAGAUUGAACCCACAAAAGGAACAACCCCACAGUUUAACCUCAGCGUUAUUCUGUGUUUCAUCAAGAUGUAUGUCCCUAAUCUUUACACUGCCCAUCCUCUACAGAAGCCAAAUUUGGUGAGACUAUCAGCAAAUAGCAAUAGCAGCAUGUGUGGUCAUGAAGAAGAAUCCCUUGAGGCCCAAACUAUUGGAAAUCUCCUUCCAGACGAUGAUGAUUUGUUAUAUGGAGUCACAGACUACAAGCUACAGUGUGAUGAUGAUGAUGUCGAACAAGAAUUAGACUUUUUAGCAGUGUUGGGGGGAUGGACUUGGGAGAAGAAAUAAUCUAUCAAACUUCAAGAACACUUGUUGUGAGAAAUAUUAAUAGCGACGUUAAUGAUUCCGAGUUAAGAAUCUUGUUUGAGGUAUAUUUCUUUCUUUCUUUGUUUAAUACCUCAAAUUCACAAGGUUGCAAGGCCUAUGAGUAAUAUAUUUUAUGCAUAAAGU